AUGUCGGACACCACCAAUAGCGAAACACCCUUCAAGCUCUCGGUCCCAGACGCGGAGCUCGAGCUCCUUCAGAAGAAGCUCGAGCUCGUUCGCUUUCCUGAUGAGCUGGACAGCGCAGGAUGGGACUAUGGCGUGCCCCUCGCCGACAUCAAGCGUCUGACGGAGCACUGGAAGACCAAGUUCGAUUGGAGGAAGGCCGAGGCCGAGAUCAACAUGCUUCCGAUGUUCACGCGCGACAUUGAAGUAGAAGAAUUCGGCACGUUGAACGUGCACUACGUUCAUCAAAAGAGCGAUGUGAAGGGCGCGAUCCCGCUCUUGUUUGUACACGGAUGGCCUGGCGACUUCCUCGAAGUGAGGAAGAUCUUGCCUCUUCUGACUGCGGGUGGCGUGGACCAUCCGAGCUUCCAUGUCGUUGCUCCCAGCCUGCCCGGGUUCGGUUUCUCCGAAGCACCACGCAAACCAGGUUUCAAGGGAGCCCAAUAUGCUGAGCUACUGAACAAGCUGAUGCUGUCCCUCGGGUAUGACGAGUACGUGUAUCAAGGGGGUGACUGGGGACACAUUCUCGGAACGCACGUCGUGAAGCUUCACGGACAUAAGCACGUGAAAGCCUGGCACACGAACAUGCCCGUCGGAACCAUCCCCACAAUAACUCAAUUCCCUCUCGUGUUCAUCCGGUCUCUCUUCACGCUCCCAUUUGACCGCGCCUCCAAGGACAGAAUUGCCGUGUCACGGCGAUUCGGAGUGUCAGGGAGGGGCUACUCGACACAACAGUCGACGCGUCCUCAGACACUCGGCUACUCGCUUGCUGACUCCCCAGUCGGGCUGCUCGCGUGGAUCUACGAAAAGCUCGUGGGGUGGACGGACAAAUAUCCCUGGACGGAGGACGAAGUGCUCGAGUGGAUCUCCAUCUACUGGUUCUCGCGAUCAGGACCCGCCGCGUCGCUCCGCAUCUAUUACGAAAUGAGCAAUGGUGGCGCACAGUCGAUCGGCACUCACGCCGGCUGGACGUCUGUUCCGCUCGGGGUGUCGUACUUCCCCGCGGAAUUGGCUCAAUUCCCAAAAUACUGGUCGCAUACCAUCGGAAAGCUCGUGUUCGAGUCGGAGCACGACGCCGGCGGGCACUUCGCAGCGUUCGAAGUGCCCGACAAGCUCGCGGGCGAUCUGCGGAAGAUGUAUGGGAAGGGCGGGCCUGCGCAUGGCGUUGUUCCGGGAAAGAGUGGCUACGAUGUGUGAAGAGCUCCAUCCCUGGAUUGGCAACUGUACUAUACCGUCACGUCUUUCAUGGACAGAUGAAAUGAGCAUGCGAUCCUACUAUAACAUCCAUGUCAUCAUUCGUUGCGAUGUCUACAUUUG